CCUGCAUAAAACAAUUAUACUAUAUGGCAAAAACUUUUCAACAAAAACCAAAUGACCAAAAAGAAAACUUGUCUACUUGUUUCAACCAAAAGAAUAUAAAGAGAGUAAAAGGAGUAGUACUAGCCAAAACUAUCCAAAACAUAUUCUCAAAACCUCAUUUCCCAAAAGGGAAUUCAAUUUACUCUGAAUAUGAAGAAAAAGGCAAUAAUAUUCAAGAAAAUGAAGCUAAUGCUUUGUUUUCAGUCAUUGGAAUGACUUGUUCUGCAUGUGCUGCUUCUGUGGAGAAUGCCAUAAAAAAACUUCCUGGAAUUAAACUGGUUGUAAUUGAUGUUUUGAAUAACAAAGCUCAAGUUAUUUUCAACGCCAGUCUUGUCUAUGAGGAGAUGAUCCGCGACACCAUAGAGGACGUCGGAUUUCAGGCUAAAUUGUUAAAAGAAGAGAUGAAUCAGAAGUCCUCUCAAGUAUGCAGGAUUCAAGUAAAUGGAAUGACUUGCACUUCUUGUUCCACAACUCUUGAAUCAGCAUUGCAGGUAAUCCCUGGUGUACAUAAAGCACAAGUCGCAUUAGCAACUCAAGAAGCUGAAAUCUGUUAUGAUCCAAAAAUAGUAGAUUACAAUCAGCUGUUAGAAGCUAUUGGAAAUACAGGAUUUGAAGGCAAAUUGAUUAGUACAGGAGACGAUAAGAGUCGUAUACUGCUAAAAGUUGAUGGAGCUAACACUGAGAAUUGUGUUAAACUGAUAAAGAAUUCUCUUCUUGAACUUCAAGGAAUUCAAGAGAUAGACUUUGACCUGCAGCUCAAAAAAUUAUCAGCCACUUAUAGAGCAGAUGUAACAGGACCGAGAGACUUUAUUCGUGCAAUCGAAUCAACUGGAUCAGGAUGUUUCAAAGCAUCUAUAUUUCCUGAGGGAAGAGAAAGAGACGAACAUAGACAUCAAGAAAUCAGGCAAUACCAUAGAGCUUUUCUUUGGUGUUUAGUAUUUACAGUUCCCGUCUUUUUUACUUCAAUGGUUUUUAUGUAUAUUCCUGGUUUGAAAAAUGUAUUGGAAACUAAGGUUGUCAACAUGCUAAACAUUGGAGAGGUUCUGAGAUGGGCAUUAUCUACACCAGUACAGUUCAUCAUUGGUCGAAAAUUCUAUAUUGGUGCCUAUAUUGCCUUAAGCCAUGGUUAUGCAAAUAUGGAUGUUCUUAUUGCAUUAGGAACAAAUGCAGCUUACUUUUAUUCAGUCUAUUCAGUACUAAGAGCUGCUACUUCUCCAACUUUCAAAGCUAGUGACUUUUUUGAGACUAGCUCAAUGCUUAUCUCGUUCAUUCUACUUGGGAAAUAUCUGGAAGUUUUGGCUAGAGGAAAGACAUCUGAGGCCAUUGCCAAGCUCAUGGAUUUGGCCCCAAAGACUGCAACACUGUUAACAAUAGAUGACAAAGGCAAUGUGGUAAAUGAGGAAGAAGUUGAUAGCAGAUUGAUACAAAAGAAUGAUGUGAUUAAAACCAUUCCAGGUUCAAAAGUGGCUUGUGAUGGUCUUGUCAUCUGGGGACAAAGCCAUACAAAUGAAAGCAUGAUAACAGGAGAAUCUCGUCCGGUCACAAAAAGGACGGGUGACAUGGUGAUAGGAGGGACUUUGAAUGAGAAUGGGGUGUUACACAUCAAGGCAACAAGGGUUGGGUCAGAGACUGCUCUAUCGCAGAUUGUUCGGUUGGUUGAAUCAGCACAAAUGGCUAAAGCUCCUGUACAGAGAUUUGCUGACCACAUUUCCAAGUACUUUGUGCCUCUUGUCAUUGCUCUCUCAUUUUGUACUUGGGUUUCUUGGUUUUUAGCUGGAAUGUUUAAAGCUUAUCCAAGAACUUGGAUUCCUUCUUCCAUGGAUAGCUUUGAGCUUGCCCUGCAGUUUGGCAUAUCGGUCAUGGUGGUAGCCUGCCCCUGCGCACUCGGCCUAGCUACUCCCACUGCCGUUAUGGUCGGUACUGGAGUUGGCGCUUCCCUUGGUGUCCUCAUUAAAGGUGGUCAAGCAUUGGAGAGUGCACGAGAGGUGAACUGUAUAGUUUUUGACAAGACGGGCACUCUUACUAUUGGUAAGCCUAUGGUUGUCAAUACUAGGCUUUUCAAAACUAUGGUACCUCAAGAAUUCUAUGAACUUAUUGCUGCUGCUGAGGUAAAUAGUGAUCACCCCUUAGCCAAGGCAAUUGUUGAGUACGCGAAAAAAAUGAGAGGAAGUGAGGAGAAACUUAUCUGGCCUGAAGCCUUGAACUUUGAGUCCAUAACUGGUCAAGGUGUGAAGGCUAUCAUCUGCAACAAAGAAGUGAUUGUGGGGAACAAAAGCUUGAUGCUAGAGGAGGAGAUUGCCAUUCCAGUUGAAGCUGAAGAAGCAUUAGCAGAAACAGAAGGACUGGCUCAAACCGGCAUCCUAGUAUCUAUCCAUAAAGAGCUGAUAGGUGUUCUUGCCAUUUCCGAUCCAUUGAAGCCAGAGGCUCCAGAAGUCAUCUCCAUUCUAAAAUCCAUGAACAUUGAGAGUAUGAUAGUAACAGGCGACAACUGGGGAACAGCAAAUGCCAUAGCCAAGCAAGUUGGAAUUGACUCAAAAUAUGUUGUAGCAGAAGCCAAACCUAAGCAGAAAGCUGAAAAAGUGAAGGAACUACAGGAAUUAGGCAAAGUUGUGGCAAUGGUGGGAGAUGGAGUUAAUGACUCACCGGCACUUGUGGCUGCUGAUGUAGGAAUGGCAAUUGGUGUAGGCACAGAUAUAGCAAUUGAAGCAGCUGACAUUGUUCUUAUGAAGAGCAGCUUGAGUGAUGUGAUAACUGCAAUUGAUCUUUCCAAGAAAACCUUUAAGAGAAUCCACCUCAACUACUUUUGGGCUUUGGGAUAUAACCUCCUUAGCAUCCCAAUUGCUGCUGGGGUUCUGUUCCCAUUUACUGGUUUUCGCUUACCACCAUGGGUUGCUGGGGCUGCAAUGGCUGCUUCUUCAGUGAGUGUUGUUUGUAGCUCUCUUUUGCUGAAGAAGUACAGGAAACCUAAGAAGCUGAACACACUUGAUUUACACAGAAUCAUUGUUGAGUAAUUCUUGGCUGCUAACUUAGUAGCAAGCUAAACUCUGUAGAUUUUUGGCCAAUGGGAGAAAAAAGAUACAUCCAGUGGAUUAUUUUCUGUUAAGUCAUGUUCUUUAUAUAUUAUGUUCAACAAGAAAAAACUGGAAAAGCAAAUAAAGGACACUUGAAACAACUGGUUGGGCUCUUUUUAGAACCCCUUA